GCGUAGCGUGGAACGACCCGCGAACCGAAACUUGAAAAGGGAAAAGCCGGAAAAGCAACGGAAACAAGGAGCGGAACAAAAAGAGCUGAAAGUGUGCGGCGAUGGAAACCAAGCAGAAUCCUCCUGCUUCUGCUCCUUGUUGUCAUUGCAGUCAUUCUCGGCGUCCCAAUUUUAUCCGAUCCUAUCUUCAUCAAGCUUCAGGCUGACAAACUAAUGCCAGAAGCUGAGGAAACCCUAGAAAUCCAGUAUCGGAAGAAGAGAGCGGCUGCCACUUUAUUGGAUUCCUCUGUCGCAUUGUCAGAAUGCUGGGUUUGGAGCUGUGGUUUAGGGAUUCGAUUGCUUGUCAAUCGUCUGAAGUUCCAGUCUUGAAGGAUUCCAAUUCGAUUUUCUUCUUAGGCGGAGGAUUGUUUCUCGAUUCUACUGUACCGGCUUGGUUUGUUUCUUUGAUUCCGUCCAGGAAUUCUUCAGUUACACUUUCGAGUUCAACUUUUUCUUCCUCUUCCUUGUCAUCAUCAUCAUCAUCAUCAUCUUCUUCUUCUUCUUCUUCUUCUUCUUCUUCUUCUUCUUCUUCUUCUUCUUCUUCUUCUUCUUCGAUUUGUUGUCGGAAACCAGUUGUUUUUGAGGUAUUCCGGCGAGAAAAGAGAGAGUAUGGAGUAGUMAGUGAUGGUUUUUUAUCGGUAAGCUUGUCUGUUAAGGGGAACAACGGAUAUGUUCAGGAAUCCAACGUGUUUUUGCCUCAAAAUGGGGAGAAGACUUCGGAGGAGGCGGUGGCCUUUGAAGAGAGUAAGGAAGAGAAGGGUAAGUUACAGGGAGAAGGUGCUAUGAACACCACGAAGCAUCUAUGGGCUGGAGCAGUUGCUGCAAUGGUUUCAAGAACUUUUGUUGCCCCACUUGAGAGACUAAAGCUGGAAUAUAUAGUUCGUGGUGAACAAAGAAAUCUUUUUGAGCUCAUCAAGACAAUUGCAGCUUCUCAAGGCUUGAAAGGAUUUUGGAAGGGGAAUUUUGUCAACAUUCUUCGUACAGCUCCAUUUAAGGCAGUAAAUUUCUAUGCUUAUGAUACAUACAGAAAACAACUACUUAAAAUGUCAGGAAAUGAGGAAACAACAAAUUUUGAGAGGUUCCUUGCUGGUGCUGCAGCUGGCAUUACUGCCACUAUUCUCUGCUUACCAAUGGACACGAUCCGAACAAAGAUGGUAGCACCUGGUGGGGAAGCCCUGGGUGGAGUAAUCGGCACUUUUCGGCACAUGAUCCAAACUGAAGGGUUCUUUUCCCUAUAUAAGGGCUUAGUGCCAUCUAUUAUAAGCAUGGCACCUUCUGGUGCAGUCUUUUAUGGUGUGUACGAUAUAUUGAAAUCAGCUUAUCUACACUCACCAGAAGGAAGGAAAAGAAUUCAGCAUAUGAACCAACAAGGCCAAGAACUGAAUGCUUUAGACCGGCUGGAGUUGGGUCCUAUUAGAACCUUGUUGUAUGGAGCUAUUGCUGGUGCUUGUGCUGAAGCUGCUACAUAUCCAUUUGAAGUUGUGAGGAGACAGCUACAGAUGCAAGUACAAGCAACAAAGUUGAACGCAAUGGCUACUUGUGUCAAGAUAGUUGAGCAAGGAGGUGUUCCUGCGUUAUAUGCAGGACUCAUUCCCAGCUUGUUACAGGUUCUACCUUCGGCUGCUAUUAGUUAUUUUGUUUACGAGUUCAUGAAGAUAGUUCUCAAAGUAGAAUGAGCACAAACAUUGGAUCCUUGACCAAGAUUUUGGACGAUUGACAUUAAUUUUGAAGUUGAGCCAUGGUGUAUUUUCCUGGAGCAAAAAUAAUACUGCCGUUUCAUCAAAAAAGGUAGUUCAAACAUGACCCAUACAGUCUGUUUAUCAUUUAACCAUUAUAAUAUAUAUAUAUAUAUACAUUUUCAAUAUAUUCAAAA